AUGGAUCUCUCUACCAGUGCUGUGGUCUUCUUGUUCCUCACCUACCACCUCUGUGAGGCAGGAGAUCGAAACUAUAAUGCAGUCCUCAUGGUGUCCAAUGGCGGGAAGUGGGGAGAAUGGGGAAAGAUUGAAUUCUGUCCCAAAGGACAUGCAUACGGAUUCUCACUGAAGGUAAAGGCUUAUCUAUAUCUUCUUUUUGAUACCCUGAUCCCAAUCGAGUAGUCACAAUAAUGUAAUAUAUAUAUAUAUAUUAAGUUGCUUCCCAUCUUUCUUUCUGAACCCAUUGCCUGUAUAUUGCUGCCUGCAAGGUGCUUUGAAGCGUUGACUGCCAUGCUUAAAGAUUUAAUAGCUCUAAAAAGUCUCCAUGCCACUUUGUCAAUCCACACUGGAGAGGCUUAGAGUGAAUUGCAUUUUACAUAAAAGAAAACUACCAUGAAUCUGGAUGGACUGGAGGAAAAAAGGGACAAGGAUACAGAAAAGUUUGGAGUGCAAUGAGCUGGCAAUAUUGUGGUCAGGUUUAUCUCCCUGAAAAGUGAGCGCCCAACUGGAAAAUACAGACUACACUGUUAGUGUGGAAGUAACCCAGGUAAGUUCUGGUGUUUUCUAGGAGGGUUGCCAUAAAUGCAGAUUUUCCCUGACAUGUCCAGGAUUUCAGCAACUUCCCCCCCGAAAGCUCAACAACUUUUUGUGUUUGGAUUCUUACUUCUUGAAAUAAUAUGGCAACUCUAACUUCACAAACUGGAGGAAACCCGCUGCAGCAUAUGCAGACAUAAGAGAGGGAUUGAGGGUGCCUUAGGCAGCCAUUAGCAAGAUGAUUUUUUUCCUAUUAAGUUUGCUUACUUGGGGCCCAUUGGACUGGUUGCACAAAAAAGCUACUGUCUUUUGAUGCAGCUCAGAAUGUAAAUCUCAAUCCACAACCAGUAAUACUUGUACACAAUUAGGGACACGUAAUCAUGAACAGAUAACUGCUUACUCAGGUUGCAAGCUAGUACUGAAUGUGAGUGUUGUCAGAGUCCUAGUUUGGUUAACUAUACUAGCAACCCCCCCCCCUUGUAAAACACACAAUAUCUAUUUUCCGUUUUCUUUUCUACAUGGGUACUAUUGUUGGCUAUUUGCAGUAUGGUAGCGCUGCAGAGAGCUUGCUGGGGAGACCAUGCAUUAAAAAGGGACUCAAAAAUAACUUAAACAAGGUGUCAGGGGUUCAGAGAGAGAGGCACAGGGUAGGCAGGAGAUGGAGAGCGAAGGGGAGGAAUUCCAAGCCAGCGAGGAAGAGGACGACAAUGACUCAAGGGAUUCCAUGAGUCUUUCCAGCGAAUCAGAGGAUUCCCAGAAGGGGGCGCCGGUGGUCAGGGCCAGGGGAGCCCCAGGGGGGAAAUGUCAGGAGCAGGGUGCCAGCGGAGGAUCCCAAAGUGGCAGCUGGGCGUCAGGACCAGCCUCCCCACCAAAGUGCAGCGAGGGGGUGGAGUUUCCAGUGUGUCAGAGGAAGGAGCUCCAGCAGCAGAGAGAGGAGGGGGGUCAGAGCAAGCAGCCCUCCCGGAAAGGGAGGGGAGCAGUGAAGGGAGCAGUGUAACUGUCAAAAGGAAAGUUAGAGGUUUGGCGCGCGCGCCUAGUUCAAAUGUAGAGGCGCGCGGGAGUGCAGGGAGCCCGGAGGAGGGGCCAGGUCCCAAAGCCCGCAGGAGGGGGGAGCAGCCGUCUGAUUCCGCGUCAGAGGAAUCCCGAAGGGGGCAAACCCCAGGGGGCAGAAAGACCCUGCGGAAAAGGAAGGAGAGAAAGAGGUGGAGCAGCGCAAGUCUCUUAAAUUGGUGCAGAGGAGGAACUGACUCAGACGGGACUUCGGCGGUCUAGCGUAAGAGACGUAAGGCUGCGCGCCUAACAUGUCAAGCAAACCAUGAACUGCAAUAAACACCUUUGUAUUCAAGAAGACGUAGGCGUUGGUCUUUUGUGAGCUAAGACUUGAGGCAGCCCUGACACAAGGUUUUAAUAAGAAAAACAAAAACUCCAUUUACACUAAAUACAUCAACAAACCAGACCCAACCACCACCCCAUCCCCCAGGGAAAUGGAAGAGCUAGGUGCUGCUCCUUACAUACUACACCCAAUUGCUGACACAGCUUAAUCAAUACAACUCAGCAGCACCUGCUGCUGAGGUUUGCUCUGGCCCUUGCUCUGGCCCCUUAAAGACAUACACAUCAGGUAGAAAAAUGAUGAACCUUUACAUUUAAAGAAACCAUUCAACAUAUGUCUUGUUUCUUGGUUUUUUGGGCCUGGUCUUACUCUGUGCACUUGUAAUUUUGUACUUUUCAUUUUUCAAUAAAGAAUAUAAAACAGAGUCCUAGCUUGCAAAAACAGCUUUAUUGCAGUCUCUUUCUCUCAUUUGCACCAGACAAAGCAGUUUUCAGAAGGAUUGAGUGGUGAUGAUACUUCCAUCAAUGGCAUCCGUCUCCACUGCAGUAGUGGUGCAGUUGUACGAUCCACUGUCGGACCGUAAGCAUCUUCUUGAUUUUUCUCUUUGUUGCUUGGAAAGUGGUGAUGUGAGGGGCUGGCUGAAUCCUAUUAUGUUUCAGCACCAGGGCAGGAUAAUAUCAGGGUCUAUCAGCCUCAUUCUUAGCUCUCUGAGUCUAACGAUACCAACUCUAGGUUGCCUUCCAAAUUUCAGAGGAACCCAAGCCCCACAUAACAAAGAGAAAAUAGACUGCAACAAAAGAGUACAAAGGUAAGGAAAAGCAGUGUUUCUUCCUGAGGACCACACAUGCCAAGGAAAGAGAGAGCAAGAGGAAAGCACCAUCUAUCCUGAGAGUGGGGAACCUCAAGCCCAGGGGUCAAAUGUGGUCCCCCAGGCUUCUCUGUCUGGUCCUCAUGAAUAUCUGUGAUUGUCAGGGGUCAGGACCUCAGGCAGGAAGGAGAGGCAGGCUGAGUAUGAAAAGGCCAAUACCUUCCUAACCAGUGGCUGUGUCUUCCUGAGAGAAAGUAGGCACAAUAUUGCAGCUCUCCUUCCUGGCGGAUGCACUGGCCUAAAAGAUCAAUACCUCUACUCAACAGCUGUUUAGCAGAGACCUUGAUCCUGUGAGGUGCUGGUGCUGCUUUGCCCGUGGCUUUCUUGCAUGAAAGUCGUUACCACUUAAGUGAGUGAAUCCCAUCCUUCAUGGUGCUGGUCACUGGACUGCAUGAAGAAGCAGCAGCACCACACAGAAUCAGGUCGUGGGUGGCACAGGGCAAAUCCACCUACUCCAGGGGUCACAACACACAGCCCUACUUAGAACUUGAGGUUUGGUAGACACGCUAUACCUGAUGAGGUCUACAAAAGACACAUUUUAAAAAUCUAAGGAGGCAAUUGCCCUCUUGACUUUCAUGUUGGAAAGCAAAUCAUUCCAAUUUGGGUUGUAUUUCCAGAGAGGCAGACAUUACCAUAUUGCCUCUUUUUUUUGCAGGUUUGGAGUGUGGUUAGAGGCUAAGAAAUGCCCCAAGGGCUACCUGGUUGCCUUCACUCUGAAGGUGGAAGCCCCACAAGGGCUAGGUGAUGAUACGGCAGCCAACAACAUCCAGUUCAGCUGUGGAGAUGGGACUGUACUGGAGGGCGAGUCCACCGACUUCGGUACUUAUGGCCAAUGGAGCAAGCGCUGCCCCACUGGUGCCAUCUGCGGGAUCCAAACAAAGGUGGAGGGUAUAACUGCAGUUGAUACCACUGGACUUAAUGAUGUCAAGUUCUUCUGCUGUGACUGA